AAACACUAGCCCCAUAUGCACAGAAUUUGGAAGACAAACUUUACCUGCACGUUAACAAACACAAGUCUUUUCCUUAAUUCCUCCCUUUAUACAUGUCUUGGGGAGUGAUGGCAGGGCAGUUGGCCUGGGGUGGUCUGAUCGAAGAGGGCUGGAGGAAAGGACCUUGGACUGCUGAAGAAGACAGGUUGCUUAUUGAAUAUGUCAGGUUGCAUGGUGAUGGAAGAUGGAGCUCUGUAGCCAGGCUUGCAGGGCUGAAAAGGAAUGGAAAGAGCUGCAGAUUGAGGUGGGUGAAUUACUUGAGGCCAGACCUGAAGAGGGGGCAGAUAACUCCCCAUGAAGAGAGCAUUAUUGUGGAGCUGCAUGCUAGGUGGGGGAACAGGUGGUCCACAAUUGCGAGAAGCUUGCCAGGAAGAACUGAUAAUGAGAUCAAGAAUUACUGGAGGACUCAUUUCAAGAAGAAGGCCAAGCUCUCUCCAGAUAACUCUGACAAGGCAAGAACUCGUCACUUGAAGAGGCAGCAAUUUCAACAGCAGCAGCAGCAGCUGCAGCGACAACAGCAACAAACUCAACAUCAACAACCACUGCAGAUAAAUCAAUUGGACAUGAGAAAGAUCGUGUCCUUACUUGAUGAAAACGAAGAUAAAGCGCCAUGUACACCUCAAAUGAGGCAGGAAAUGGCCCCUCAUGCCAUAUACCCCAACACAAUUGAGGAGCAUGUCUUGCUAUAUAAUAUGUUCAAUGUCAAUAAUGCAUCAGUGCCUGAGGCCUCGAACGAGGAUAUACUCUGGGAUGGCUUGUGGAACUUGGAUGAUCUCCAUGGCAAUCUUGGUGUGGCAUGUGCAACAAGCAAAGCUAGCAUGCAAAAUUUAGUGGCACCUUUUUGUUAACUGAUCACUAAGCACUGUUACAUUUCUCUUGGUGUUAAUUUUAACUGUUACUAUGUAUUUAGCUAGCCAUCAUCAAAUGAGAAGGCUCUUAAUCUGGAGCUCAUUACUACUCUGUACGAUUACCUUCUCACAAGAAUAUGGAACCUUGAUAACGCAAAUUAUCCAUCCUUCACCUUUUCA